AUGGACAAAAGAAGAAGCCUGAUUGAAGAAGCUGCUUGGACCGGGGACCUUACGGUCUUAAAGAGGCUAGCAAAAGAAGAUCCUAGAAGCCUUCAUUCUCCUUCGUUGUUACGCGAAGACAACCCUUUACAUAUUGGUUGUAUGGCAAGUCACCAUGAUUUUGUCAAAGAGUUGAUAAUACUGAAUAGAAAGCUCGCAUAUGAUUUGAAUGAGGACGGUUUGAGCCCACUUCAUAUUGCUGCAGCAAACGGUGACUUCAAUAUCGUAAAGGAACUCGUGGUCAUCAACAAUAUGGUCCUGGUUGAAGGAAAAGAUAGGUGCAUCCCUCUUCAUUGCGCAGUUAUUAAAGGUAGAUUGGAUGUAGUUAAUUUGUUGAUUGAGACUGACCCUGAUUCCAUAGAGAAGGCUACUGCUCAAGGUGAGACUGUUCUUCACUUAGCCAUAAAGAACAACCAAUUCAAGACUCUGCAGAUUCUACUUGAUCAACUCUAUCGAAUGGGAAAGCUCAAUUUACUCGAGAACAAAGAUGACCAAGGCAAUACCAUCUUGCAUCUGGCCACUUCAAGGAAACAAUAUGAGGUGAUAAAUUUCUUGCUCUGCAAUAAGCAUGAAAACUCUGAAGUUAUGGUGGAUGUGAAUGCAAUGAAUUUGAAUGGUCAAACACCUCUUGAUGUUUUACUCAUGCACAAUGAAAUGGGUGACAACAAGUUUGAUAAAAGAAUGGAGGAUAUCCUACUACAAGCUGGAGCUAAAAGAGGUCCAAAUCAAUCGUCAACCAUAGAACCACAUUCUGCACAUGUUGAAACCGAGUCUCAAACCGAGCUCUCGGCCGACGACAUCACAUGGUACACUUAUUUCAAGUACAAAGAAGGAAGGGACUCCCCCGGAGAUGUUCGCAAUUGUCUUCUAGUCAUUGUUGCCCUAAUCACCACAGCUACUUACCAAGCUAUUUUAAGCCCUCCUGGUGGUGCAUGGCAAGACAGCUCAUUUGGAAACGGGAAGCCGUAUAUUGCUGGUCGACCGAUAAUGCAAACCUAUAGUCCUGUUUUGUAUGGCUUUUUUCUCUACUUCAAUACGGCGGGGUUCUGUGCUUCUGUGUACAUGAUACAUUUGUUGACUGCAGGAUUUCCUUUGAAGUUUGAGUUGAAUACCGCGUUGGGUGCUAUUGUGAUAACUUACGAGAUCGCCAUUGCUGCUUUCACGCCCAAAGGAGCCGUGCCAACAGUGUUCUUAGUCUUCUCCAUGAUAAUUCCAAUCACGAUGCCUUAUGCGAUUGGAUUUUAUAGAGGAUUCUUUAGCGCUUUGGGGAUUAGGUGCAUGGGUGAGCCAAGUCCAUAA